CACGGAUUAUGAGUCAGUUACCAGACAUAAGCGAAACAAUAACAGUUGGUGGCUACUUUCAAGCCACAGCCUCCAUAAAGGCAACUUGUCUCCGACUGGAGCGUCUUUUUUCGGGGGGCAGAUUUUGGCGCGUUCAGAUCUUUUCCCUCCUCUGGCAGGAGAAGUACUUUUAAUCCGAUUAGAUUUUGAAUCCCGCGUGUCUCUCCUCCGCUACAGUAGAGGUGCAGGAGUGGCCAGAGCCAAAAGCAGCGAUUCAGAUCAGAUUUCAUCCCGAACCAGCUGGAGAACCGGAGAGAAAGAGUCCUCCUCCUCCUGAACCCAGAAGAGGGGAAAAGGGAGGCGCGUCGGACUCGAUCCGGAGGAAUUUCCGAGGAUAUUUUGGAGCUUUUUUUUCCGCCCCCCCCCCCUGGAAGAUUUGAAAGUUGGAGGCGAGGCAGCGGGGACCGUGGUCAGGGAUGGACGAGCAGCCGCGGUUGAUGCACUCCCACGGGGUAGGCAUGGCCGGACACCCCGGCCUGGCGCAGCAUAUGCAGGAUGGCACGGCGGGGACGGACGGAGAGGGAAGGAAGCAGGACAUCGGAGACAUAUUACAGCAAAUCAUGACCAUCACAGACCAAAGCUUGGACGAAGCACAGGCGAGGAAACAUGCACUGAACUGCCACAGAAUGAAACCUGCCCUUUUCAACGUUUUGUGUGAAAUAAAAGAGAAAACAGUGCUCAGUAUCCGUGGAGCCCAGGAAGAGGAGCCUCCGGAUCCCCAGCUGAUGCGACUGGACAACAUGCUGCUAGCGGAGGGCGUGGCCGGACCGGAAAAAGGGGGCGGAUCGGCAGCUGCCGCGGCCGCUGCCGCAGCCACAGGCGGCAUCGGUGCCGACAACUCGGCGGAACACUCCGACUAUCGGGCCAAACUCUCGCAAAUUCGACAGAUUUACCACACGGAGCUGGAGAAGUACGAACAGGCGUGCAAUGAGUUCACAACCCAUGUGAUGAACCUGCUGAGGGAGCAGUCUCGAACGCGACCCAUCUCGCCCAAAGAGAUUGAACGCAUGGUCAGCAUCAUCCACCGCAAGUUCAGCUCCAUCCAGAUGCAGCUGAAGCAGAGCACCUGCGAGGCCGUCAUGAUCCUGCGCUCGCGCUUUCUGGACGCCAGACGGAAGAGGAGGAACUUCAACAAACAGGCGACAGAGAUUUUGAAUGAGUACUUCUACUCACACCUCAGUAACCCUUACCCCAGCGAAGAGGCCAAAGAAGAGCUGGCCAAAAAAUGCAGCAUCACCGUCUCGCAGGUCUCGAACUGGUUCGGGAACAAGAGAAUCCGAUACAAGAAAAACAUCGGCAAGUUCCAAGAGGAGGCCAACAUGUACGCAGCAAGGACGGCCGUCAACGCCACGAGCGUGUCGGCCCACGGGAGCCAGGCCAACUCACCGUCAACACCAAACUCAGCAGGUUCUGCUGGCUCUUUUAACAUGUCAAACUCUGCAGACUUGUUCAUGAGUGUGCAGUCUCUCAAUGGGGACUCGUACCAAGGGGGACAGGUUGGGGCCAACAUACAAUCCCAGGUGGAUACCCUUCGCCAUGUUAUCAGCCAGACCGGCGGAUACAGUGACGGCCUCGCCGCCAGCCAGAUGUACAGUCCACAGGGCAUCAACGUAAGACCUACAAACGGUGGCUGGCAAGAUGCUCCGACUCCUUCGUCAGUCACGUCACCCACAGAAGGACCCGGCAGCGUCCAUUCGGAUACCUCCAACUGAAUCCCUCCGUCAUCUUCAGAACUCCAUCCGAACACGAACUGACCUUCAGAUUUCACAGUAUGAAACAAAAGGAAGUCACAGUCCCGCUGUUUGGAGGAAAACUGUGAAGUCCUGGCGCGAAAAAAUCCAAACGACGUUGGACAUUUGAGAUACAAAUCAACAGUUUGACAAUGAAAAUCCGAAUACUUUGUACAGAUUUCACAUUAUAUUCAGAGGGCUGGGGUUGCUUCGUCACUUGUAAUGUUUUCACUCAUGAUCAACUGGUGUAACAAAGUAAAUAAACCAUUGGGUCUAACCGAAAGUACGUCAUUCUACCUCUCAGCCACUAAAAGAAGAAAAUAGAACAAUGUCAUGAUUUGUUUUUUGUAAAAAUGCAACUUUUUGUCUUUGCAAACAGGAGGCACAUCUUCUUACGUACAUUUUGUUGUCUCUCACCUAUUCAGUGGUACGCCAUUUUAAACUUAAAUAUUGCUCAGUUGUUUACAAUGUGUGCUUGAUAAAGUAUGUUCAUCUUUCCCUUCUGUCUCCGGCAAGUUGAAACAUCUCUGUCAGGAGAUUUUACCUCUGAGGUAACCCUGUGAAGUAUGUUAUCUGUAAAACAAUAAAUAAACACUUGUCAUCAAACUA